AAAAUUUCCUUAUCUCAAAUUCCAAAAACUACAUCAAUUUAGUGGUUCCUUAAUAAUUCAUUAAAAUAUAGGAAAUUUCAAACGAAAAAGGUUACUGCCCUUUUUCCUUGAAUCUAAACUUAAUUAUAGUUCUAUGGUGCUCCUCACGGUAUAUCCUGUGAAGCCCUCCCAAAUUCAAUUCAAACACAACAGAAGUUACUAAAGUUCGUUAUUUAAUUGUAGGUAGAAUUUGAUUUUUGUUUUGUGUUAAUAAUUAGCGGAAGAAAAUCAGGUAAAGAAAAAAAGGUACAUUAUUAAUAAUUACUUAUGGGUGACAUAAAUUGGCCGCACAUAGCCAAACAGAUGAAAAAGCCAAAUGAUAUUACUACGGGGUUCCGGACUAUGGCGAAUAUCGAUGAUUUUUUGAAAAUUGAAAAAAUAGGUGAAGGUACCUAUGGUGUUGUUUAUAAAGGAAAGAAUAAAAAAACAGGGCAGUUGGUUGCUUUGAAGAAAAUAAGGCUAGAGUCUGAAGAUGAAGGUGUUCCAGCCACAGCCCUUCGGGAAAUUGCUCUCUUGAAGGAAUUGAGGCACCCAAAUAUUGUAGGCUUAGAAGAUGUUCUGAUGGAGGAAUCAAGAAUCUACCUUAUAUUUGAAUAUCUCCUAAUGGAUCUCAAGAAAUACAUGGAUAAAAUAGAAAGUGGAAAGUUUAUGGACCCAAAACUGGUUAAAAGCUAUUUUUAUCAACUGAAUAGUGCUAUUUUAUUCUGCCAUCAGAGGAGAGUGUUACACAGGGAUUUGAAACCCCAAAAUUUAUUGAUAACUAGGGAUGGUACAAUAAAGGUAGGAGAUUUUGGUUUGGGUAGGACCUUUGGAGUGCCAGUACGUGUUUAUACUCAUGAAGUGGUGACCCUAUGGUAUAGGGCUCCUGAAGUUUUAUUAGGAACAACCACAUAUAGCUGUCCAAUUGAUAUUUGGUCCUUAGGUUGUAUAUUUGCAGAAAUGGCUACAAAAAGGCCAUUAUUCCAAGGGGAUUCAGAAAUUGAUCAGCUUUUUAGAAUAUUUAGAAUUUUGACCACACCAACUGAAGAAACUUGGCCAGGUGUAUCUACUCUUCCCGACUACAAAGCGACAUUCCCCAAAUGGAAGAAUUACAUCUUAACUAGGCAGGUCAAGAAUAUGGAUGAUGACGCUUUAGACCUGCUAGAGCAAAUGCUGGUCUACAACCCUUGUGAUCGGAUCUCAGCCAAAAGAAUCGCUCAACACCCUUAUUUGCGAAAUGUCGAUUCAACAGUUAAACCGAAUUUGCCGGAUAGGCUUUAGACUUUAUGCUGUGAAGAAGUAUUCAAUGCAUAUUGUUUUUAUGGUAUUGGACCACAAGUUGUUUGUCUUUAUUUGAAGUUGCUUUGAUGUUUUGACAUGAAGGAGUUUUGUGCUCUUAGUGAAAUAGAGAAACUUUCCAAUUAGUUUAUGUUUAUCUCUACGAAGAUGAGUUUCUAUCGGAUAUUUUUCAGUGUAUUUUUUUUAUUCGAGUAAAAUGUGCAUUCCUGAGUUUACUUGCAAUCUAAGAGCUUAUGUUACAUUCCAUCAAAUAAUUCAUGUCUCUAAUGCUUGGAUAUUUGAUUGUUUUUUUCACACUCCUAUUACAGGACAUAAAAGCCAUACUGUAUAUUUAUGAAACGAGCCAUAUUUACAAACAAAAAAUGUAUUUUUUUUCAGUGAUUAGGUUCUAAGUGAACAUGUACAUUUAAAGAAAAAUAUUUUCAUAAUAUUGUA